AUGGAGAACACGUGCCCUGACAUCAUUCGGGCACUUCUGCUGUCAAUUUUACAGUCCGCAGAUGCAGUGCGCAAAGUUUUGGGGCAAGCGUGGAUUGCAGAAUGGCACGUCUGGAAAGAUUUAAACCAAGAAUGCGCGUGGGAAUGUGAAGAUGUCGCGAGACGUUUGCUGCAGAUUACUGCUUCUUUGGAAGCAUUGCCGGAAGCAUGCGAGCUGGCAAGCGACGAGAGUCGCCUAGCCGAGCUGCAUCGCAGCGGGCGCCGUUUGGCUCGCGCAUCGGGCGAAGGCAACAAUGCAGGCGCUGGAAAGCAGAGCGGCAGAGCGGCUGUUUGUACUGCGUGCCGUGAAUUUCUGAUACAUCAUCCGGACGAACGGUGGAGACCACGCUCGCGCACAAUCAGCGGCAGCAUUUGCAAUGCGUCGGUCGAGGAGCACAAUGCGGCAUAUUUGCAAAGUCACUUGCACGCAGCUCCGGCAGUGCAAUUCAUGUUGGAGAACUGGGGCGUGGACCUGCAGGCGGAUCAAGCUAUUCGCUUGCGCGUGUUCACAAGGUUUGACCAUGAGCAACUUCAGCCAGAAGAGCUAGUUCUAAGAGAAGCAGCCGGCUCCGAGCAGGAGCCCCGAAGCAUUUAUUUGGAAGUGUACUGUUGGUCGGGCAAUGACGUGGGAGGAUACCAUUACGAUGCCUUGUUGCAUGAGGACUGUUUGGAAAACAUUUCGUCAGAGGCAGGAAAUGCAGGCUCCGAGGCAAGAGAAGCAUCGCAAGUCGGAGAUGCAAGCUCCGAAGCGGAAGAAGCAUGCCCAGCUGCAGAAGAAACAAAAAGUUCCCGCAUCACUGGCGACAGUUGUGCAAACGCAAGAGGGGACGUAGUUAGUGGACAUGUUACGGAUAAGGAGUUGUCGGAAGCGUCAAUGGAUGUGGAGUCAUCAGUGGGUUCGGAAUCAGAGUCGAGUUCAUCAGCCGAAACAUGUCUGCAACGAAGACAAGUUGAAAUUGACGCGGUUGCGGUAGAGCCUCAGCGAACCUGGACCACGCCGGAGGACGCGAGCAUCAGGGCAGCAAAGUGCGUAGCGGCCGAGUUGCGCCGUCGGCCGUUGUUGCCAAAAGACAACGCCGUGGUUUCUGCUGGAGUAAAGUUGCCACUAUGCCACUGUGCGUUCAGAAACUGCAACUGGAUAUCCGAAGUUGAACCGUGCACGAACAUAUUUUCACGGGGUGCUGGCUGGUGCGCUAGCUCUGGAUCCUGGCGAUGGCAAGCAGGCAAGAGGAGCAGCUGCUGCGACAGCAAGCAGUGUCUGUGGCAACACCUGCUGACCGAACACUCCCAAUCUUUGGCGCACGGCGCCGACGCAGUGCAGAUGUGCACGCUGUACAUGGAAGGGCUGGCAGAAGCAGAAGCACAGAACGUGCCAGCUGCCGGCUAUUCUGUGGAUCGCCGCACUUUUCAGUCGAUAGCAUGUGAGCAGGCACAGUUUGCAGUGCGGGCGCUGGUGUGCUGCGGUUGCGCCCGGGUAUGUUUGGCAGGCGCGGGAAGAGCGUCUACGAGCGCAUAUAUCAGCGUGAAAGAGUUAUUUGGAGGCAUGCACGCAAAGGCAUUUGAAGAGAACUGGAGCUGGGACACUUACGUGCAGCGAUAUGCGGCUCAGGGGCCGCUGAAGGGGGCUGAGUGCAUCACUGGAAGUUUGUGGCGUCGGCGGCUGUUGCACGGACCGUACGCCGGGCAAGAAGUGGUUUGUUGUCCGGAAGACGAGCGCUGUAACGGAGAGAAGCACAACAGCGUGGACUGGUGCGAGCAUUGCGAAGUAGCCAUUUGUCAAGACUGCUUCGCGCGAGCUUGGACAGCCGCCUGCCCACAGGCUCUUGCUAACGAUAACCAUUUUGGUUUUGCACCGGCAUUUCUAUAUGCGCUGCGCGUGCGCUUCAUUGAAGCGGCGGCCGCGGCACCGCUGUACUGUGCUAUGGUAUCGUUCUAUAUGUCGAAUCGGAUUAUGGCCAUUUACUCGAAGCAGAAGUUGGGCGGGCAGAACACCCGGUGGCCAUCCGUGCAGAAGCGAAAGGAAGUUUUUGAUUGGCUGCCGUGCGCACGCAUUCGGCCAGCUGUCGUGCUCCUGCUCCUGAGCCAUUUGGUUGCCGUAGGGCAUCCGUUAUUGCACGACGACAAUCGAGAAGAACUUCUUGCGAAACUUCGAGUGCGAUUGGAAAACAUGUAUCCAGAAGAAGAAGCGGAAGUGCCGUUGAUGCAACGAAAAGGUAGCAUUCCCGCUGCUGUACGGGCAAAGCUGGAGGAACUUCUGGAAGCCGAGCCGAAGUCGGAUUUGCAGGAAAAGAACGCAACGCCGUUGCCUGGAGGAGACACGAUUGGUGAGAGCAACGCGGAAGUGUCUUGGAACGGAGCCAUGUUUAUGUCUGCGAUGCGUCCUGACGUGGCUGGUGCCGACCGAAGUACUGCAGUCCGAGGAGCGGUAGCGGAACAGGCAGUAGCAACAUUGGGACGUCAGCAAAGUUUGACAGUAAAGACAGACAGCCGUUUUGUCGAUCAGUGGCAGCCGCGAUCUUUUUCUUGUGCGUUUCCCUGGGCACUAGCGCGAGCUGUGUCGGGGCCGGAUUUUCCUUUAAAGUCGCGGUAUCGACGUGUGGAUACAGCUGCUGUUCUCACGCCUGCCGCGUUUACCAGUCUGCUGUCGGGUCGUGUCGAAGGGAACAUCCGGAGCGACUGGCACAUGGUACCUGCUACACGACGCAUUACUACAUUCUGGUCUGCCGUUUGUCAGGCGGACCUGCAGGUAAAACUGCCGAAGAGUGUUGCAGCCCAGGCAACGCACGCAAAGGAUGUGGUGCAAGGCGUUCGUGAUCUAUACCGUCGGUUGCAAAAGGGGAAGUGGCACGACGGCAACAGGGAGCGCCGCGUGAAUUACGACACAACGAAACUAGGCCUCUGCCGCAACCUUUCGUUCAUGGAAAGGCAUUUAUUGCGCAACAUGCAGUUGCGCGCACAGAAACUACCCGGAACCAAGGAGAUCAGGCGUCAGAUCGGCCACUGUCUGCAAGGCACGCGCAUAGAGCACGGCUCGCCCAUGUUUAUUACAAUUUCUCCUAGUGCUGUGCACAACGGUUUGGUAGCACGUCUCAGUCGGUACCGGCAGACAGAUCCCAUUUUGGAGCCGGAAACAGCACCGUGGGCCGGACCCGAGAAGCCGAGCAUGUGGAACGAGGACUCGGAUGGCAGUGCUGCAGUGUUGUCGCUGCCGCCGUAUCAUAUACGGAAACUCACAGCGGCGCGAGACCCACAUGCAGUGAAUCUGGCGUUCGAUGUUGCGCUGAAGUACAUCCUUCCGCGCCUGCUCGGUCUGCGGUGCUGCAGCCGCUGCGGCACACAUGCUUGCGAGUGCAUCGACGGGAAUGGCAAAACGUGGCAGCCGUCGGGUGGAAUCUUCGGACUUGUAGCCGCGUAUGGAGGGUCAGUGGAAUAUCAGCAUGUUGGAGCACCACAUUUCCACGGAAAUGUACACGUAAACUCUAUCUAUAGCAGAGCAUCACUCCCAGAAAUAGCACGCCGGAUUGAAGCCAGGUUACUCGAUCCGCAAGCAGUUGUCGAGUACCACGAAUGGGUUCACAAAUGCACCCACUUUCAUGAAAAACAACACGAGGAGCAACAAGAGCAUAUGGAGCAAGCAUGGCAAAAUGGAUUUCGAGACUGUGAGCACGACGUCUUGGAUACUUGGCCUGAUAUUUUGUUUCGGGAUGCGGAGGUGCCCGCAAGAGACGCAGACGCCAAGGUCGAUGUGGCAGCAUACGUGAAAGACUACGAUGCAGCGGCGCAGGAAGUGUUCAGUCGAUGCCAACACCACGUGCACAUAACUGAGCGCAGCACCGGGUUGAAACGUCCGUUGAACGCAUGCUUGAGCAAGCGUAGCAAGGGCCAGUGCAAGCAUGACUUCCCACAGACCCAACGGCUGACGCGGCGGGCAAAAGUCAUUUGCAAGGGCAAUUGCAAAAGGCAUGGCUUGCGCGUACGCGGCCGCCGAAGCUGGUUGGGAUCAAUUUUAAGCAAGCGUCGAAGUCCAUGGAUUUCCGGCACUGCAUCCGCUCUCGGCCUUUUUUUCCGUUGCAACACGCACACAUGCCCCAACAUUCGACUUCCUCUGGUUGCACGCACACACGACCCGGAGUGCAAAAGCGACUGUCUGGGAAAGAAUCAGCAGCACAUGCAGAGAGCUAUGGCUCGCGCCGCUAGUCGAUGCACAAACUACUUUACCGGCUACAUUCAAAAAGGACAGGGAAUCGGCAAGAAACAGAUGCAGCGUGCGGUGCAAAACUUACACUAUUUGACAGAGCAGGUAUCCGCAAAAGAGCCUGGCCAGCAAUUCCAGAAGGCUGCGAACAGAGUUUUUGCGGAUUUGCAGUUCGGAGGCGUCGUGCGCCCGGCAGCGGAAGAAUUCCGACUUGCUAGUCAUGCAGACAAAGAGGUAUUAGCUGGUGAAUUCCUACGAAAUUUCGCAAGCGCACCAUUUUGUGGAUUCACAUUGUUGAGUUUGGCCAAUGGCGAGGAGCGGCAAAUAAAUGUGCAAGUUGGGCGCAAGCAACAGUGGGAAGCGGUGAACAUCCUGGAAUUAUAUGCGUAUCGUGGACAGCAGGAAAACGUGCGCUACUUGAGUCCCUGGGAAUUCGUGAAGUGGUGGGAGUUGCAACGGCUGCACGCUCCAAGAGCAAAAGCUGGUGAUUUGACUAAAUGGACGGGAGUUGAAGUGGAGCAAGGAGUGGAACCAAAACCGGGUAAGCACUUCGUAGUUCGCGAGCAGGCGGAGUUGCCGUUAGGCGGCUACGUAGUACUGCCAGCAAAGCCGCCCAUGGAACAGCUGCGACAUCGAUACAUCUUGCGCCGGCGUGCUAAACCAGUAGUUCCCAAACCAACACGUACAAAGAUGCCUCACAACGAGUGUGGUCUAGAGAAGCAGGCACGUCUUCUGAAUUUGUUUUUUCGACCUUGGUGCAUUGACGCGGCAGAUGCUACACUGCACGUGCCGCUGGUUCAGGACUUGAAUCGGCCUGUGGCGGCACCCGCUGUAGCGCGCACGCGACUGCAAGGGAAACAGACAGUGCACGAACGCAGCCAUUUGCUUGCUUGGAAAGCUUACUGUGAAGGUCACGUGGUGAGCGAACAUGCAGCGCGCAUGAUUCGCAACGUGCUGUCUGUUGCCAUGGGUGGCAGCAACGACCGAGACUCCGACGAAGAAAACCCAGGGUCGAACAACAAAAUGGACGAUGUGGACACAGCCUGGGUGACAUCCGAUGUCGUGCAGUCGGUUUUGUUGCCAGAGGAAAGAUCGCAGAAAAAGGUUUCGCGCACCCAGCUGGCAGUCGAGGCGGCCGCUGCGUUUUGGGAUGCCGUUGGAGAUGCAAGAACGCACCAGCUCACGCCCGGCCCCAGGAACCGCGGUGGGCACAUGGAGUGGUCGGUAGAGCCCGACGCUGACGAACCCGCUGCAAAACGUCCGCGAGAAACGAUUGGUUGGACGGCCAGCGCAGGACUGCAUUACGGAAAGCUGACGAUUGCGUCUGCAGAAGCUUGGCUUGGAGAACUGUCGAAACCGAGGAAGAAGAAGCUUCUUCCAACAGCGGAACAAAUGCGUGUCUUGCGACGAGUUGUGAAGCGCUGCUUAGAGGAACACAAAGAAAGCAAAAAGAACGGCGCAGCUCGCAGCGAACCCAUGCGCUUGCUUCUGCACGGCGUGCCCGGAGCCGGCAAAUCACAGACUUUAAAGUGGCUACGAAUGUUUUUGGAAGAAGUUUGCGAGAUGCAACAUGGUCAAGACUUCGUUUUCUUAGCGCCACAAAACACACAAGCAUCCCUUCUAAGCGGUCGGACGCUCCAUUCUUUUGCACAACUGGGCCGACAUGGAGCAGUUGGCGAUCCGGCCACGGUAGCGCCAGAGGAGCGCGAUGUGUCGGCCUGGUUCGUGCUGUACCAGCGCAUACGAUGGGUGAUGCUAGACGAAAUUUCGAAUGCCGGCCUUGAGACUGUCGGAGCUUUGCAUCUCCGCAUGCAAUCAGCAAUUCGCAAAGGAGCGCACAGCUGGGCUUGCCGCGUCGAUAACUCACCGCGGCCUUUUGGCGGUGUGAACCUGGUGUUUAGUGGGGAUUUCUGGCAAUUUCCUCCAGUGCGUGCUUCAGCCGUGACGCAAAACCCUUUUCUAAAGCACGGGUCGGCGGUAGUCCGCUACCUGCAAAACAUGUUCUGGACCAAGUCUGUGGACUCGCUGACGGACUACUUGGAACUGACAGUAGAGAAGCGAUGCGAGGACGACUGGUUGUCGUUCGUUCUGAAGUCUGCGCGUCAUGGGUGUGAAGAAGAGGAAACCUGGUGCUUCUCGCACGGCCUAGCUACUCUGAACGCAGGUUCCUGGCAACCAUGGGAUCGAAAAACAAGCUGCGGCAAAGCCAAGUGCGCAGCGCUGCGUGCGCGUUGGCAAGCGGAACGCCAAACCCGAGUGCAACGUCCGUGGCAAGAGCAAUGCACGGAUGAAUGUGCAAAGUGCAGGAACGAGCGACGGCGACGAUGCAUUGUGGUUGGUUGCAGCGACAUUUCACCGCAGCUGAACGAGAAGGCUUUCGCAUCGGCUCCUUUUAUACAUGGCCUGAAUGCUGUGAAGUAUUUGACGGCGCAAGUACGCGCGCGGCAAUUUGCAGAAACCGAAAGCAAAACGCUGCUAUGGGUUGUGGCGCGCGACAAAGCCAGCGAAGAAGCUGGCGUGCGCACAGCCGAGGAACGAGCGCGGUGGCUGCGCAGACAUGAUGCAGACACCAACGGCAUUAGCGGGUUGCUGCCCUUAGUGCAAGAUUUGCCAGUUCGCGUAACGGCGACGGAGGAAAGCAUUUUUUUUGCAGCAAAAGGUUUCACAGGUAGCGUCUACAAGAACACUCGCGGGCAAAUGCGCGGUUGGACACUUUCCCCACGGGAUGCAGAACGGGUAACCUCCUGCACUGACGCGGAAAUGGUACUGCUGGAUCUUCCAGAAGCGAUUUUCGUUGCAAUACCCGGCGCAAAAUGGUGUGUUGAUCAACGACUAGGAGUCGGUGUGUUGCCACUGCGCGCACGGAAUGUGAACUGGAACUUGGAUGCAAGCGGGGCUGUGCCUGUGAUCCGGCGUGGUUUCACCUUGGCCGUGGAUCUUGCCGGAACAGCGCAUUCGUUCAUGGGCGCGACGCUGCCAGCAGCCGUGAUGGACUUGGGCUCCAUGUGGCAACGACCCACAUAUGACAGUCAGCUAAUGGGAUACAUGAUUGCAUCCCGCGUCUCACGCAUCGACCAAAUGCGCAUCGUGCAAGCAUAUUCGCCCAUGCUUUUUUCCCAGGGUGAUCUUCCCGGACCACGAUUGCUAACGCAAUUCUGGCGAGGGGAGCUUGAAGAAAGCCAACUCCAAAAAGCAUGGCAAGCUGCCACAGUCGCAAAAGGACGCGCACGACACCACAGCUGGCCAGAUGCCAUGCUUCUGAGCUGCAGCAGUUGUCCGGCUGCGAGUAAUGAGCAGGCUCCACCGAGACACCCCUUGAAAUGUUUCCGCGCAUGCGGCGAGAGCGACAAAACGAUUUUACUUCAAGGAAUGCAGCGACGAUGUGAUGUAUGUUGGAAUCGACAACGAGGCAUGGCCCAAGAGGCGCGCAUGUGCAGCUGGUGCAGGCAGUGCGCCACGGCGGACAACUGCAGCUACUGCGACGUCUGCGCACAAAAAAAAUUGGUUUGUGCAGUUUGCACACGCCAGACCGGCAAAGACGUGCGACGCGUACUCACUGCUUUCGAGCCCGUGGCGCUGCAGCGCAUGCGCGCGCAACGAUGUCUGCAAAGAGCCACGUGUCUACUGCAUGCUCAGAAAGCCAGCACGCAGCAUCGCACCUGUAGCAGCUGCGGCGAGCUGCGAUCGCAAAGGAUGUUUUCUGCGAUCGACUGGCAAGCCAAGAACCAGGGACGGCUGGACAAGCUGGUGUGCGCUUUCUGCAUAGACGUAACAAGUGCCAAGCCGGAACAAAAGCUACGAACUUGCCCAACCUGCAAGAGCACGUUGCCUCGGGAACUUUUUUCAGUAAAUGCGAACAUUUGCCGAAACUGCAAAAAGCGGCCCUGCCAAUUCUGCGGCCGCGGCAGCAACGUGCCCAAGAAUCAAAGAUGCCGAAGUUGCGGCUAUCCGCCGUGUGUGGGCUGUGGCCGCGCUAGGCCCGUGAAUGGCAAAUAUCAUGUCACACGUCUGCCCGUAUGGACAUGCACAACGUGCCUGGAAGGGCAAGCCGAAGCGCCACCACAAGAAAUCACAGACCAGUAA